GACUUCUAAAGACUCUUGGUACGUGAGGAAGAAACCCUGAGGAAGAUACCUGGAAAAGGAAGAGGAAAGCAAAGGAGUCAGGGAUGGCUCCUCCCCAGGGUCUGUUGACAUUCAGGGAUGUGGCCAUAGAAUUCUCUCAGGAGGAGUGGAAAUGCCUGGACCCUACUCAGAGGACUUUAUACAGAAGCGUGAUGGUGGAGAAUUAUAGGAACCUGGUCUCCCUGGAUAUCCAUUCCAGAUGCAUGAUGAAGGAGUUCUCAUCAAUAGCAAAAGACAAUACAGAAGUGAAUCACACAGGGACAAUGCAAAGACAUAAAAUUCAUCCCACUGGAGAUUUUUGCUUCCAGGAAAUUGAGAAAGAUAUUCAUAACUUUGAGUUUCAGUGGCAAGAAGAUGAAAGAAAUAGCCAUGAAACACCCAUGACAAAAAUAAAAUGGUUGACUGGUAGUACAGACCGAUAUAAUUGAAGGCAUGCUGGAAAGAAGCCUAUUAAAAAUCAGCUUGAAUUAAGCUUUCAUUCACAUCUGCCUGAACUACACACAUUUCAGAGCAAAGGAGAAAUUAGCAAUCAAGUUGAGAAGUCUAUCAAUGAUGCUUCCUCAGUUUCAACAUCCCAAAUAAUUUCUUGUAGGCCCAAAACCCAUAUUUCUAACAACUAUGGAAAAAAUUUCCUCCAUUCAUCAUUACUCACACAAAAACAGGAAGUACACAUAAGAGAAAAAUCUUUCCAAUGUAAUGAAAGUGACAAAGCCUUUACUUAUAGAUCACUCUUAAGGAAACAUCAGAUAAUCCAUUUAGGAGACAAACAAUAUAAAUGUGAUGUAUGUGGCAAGGUCUUUAAUUGGAAGCAAAACCUUGCAUGUCAUCAUAGAUUUUACACUGGUGAGAAACCUUACAAGUGUAAUGAGUGUGGCAAAACCUUCAGUCAGAUGUCAUCCCUUGUAUACCAUCGUAGACUUCAUACUGGAGAGAAACCUUACAAAUGUGAAGAAUGUGAUGAAGCUUUCAGUUUCAAAUCAGACCUUGAAACACACAGAAGAAUUCAUACUGGAGAGAAAUCUUACAGGUGUAAUGAAUGUGGCAAGACCUUCAGUCACAAGUCAUCCCUUACACGCCAUUGUAGACUUCAUACUGGAGCGAAUCCUUACAAGUGUAAUGAGUGUGGCAAGAUCUUCAUUCAGACGUCAUCCCUUAUAUACCAUCGUAGAGUUCAUACUGGAGAGAAACCUUACAAAUGUGAAGAAUGUGAUGAAGCUUUCAGUUUCAAAGCAAACCUUGAAAGACAUAGGAGAAUUCAUACUGGAGAAAAACCUUAUAAGUGUAAUGAUUGUGGCAAGACAUUCAGUCAGAUGUCAUCCCUUGUAUACCAUUAUAGACUUCAUACUGGAGAGAAACCUUACAAAUGUGAAGAAUGUGAUAAAACUUUUCGUUUCAAAUCAAACAUUGAAAAUCACAGGAUAAUUCAUACUGGAGAGAAACCUUACAAGUGUAAUGAAUGUGGCAAGGUUUUUAAUCGAAAACCACACCUUGCACAUCAUCAUAGAAUUCAUACUGGAGAGAAACCUUUCAAGUGUAAUGAGUGUGGCAAGACCUUCAGUCAAAAUUCAGUCCUUGUAAUUCAUAAGGCAAUUCAUACUGGAGAGAAAUCUUACAAGUGUAAGCAAUGUGGCAAGUCCUUCAGUCAGAAGUCAUCCAUUACAAGCCAUCAUAGACUUCAUACUGGAAAGAAACCUUACAGAUGUGAAGAAUGUGACAAAGUUUUCAGUCACAAAUCAAGCCUUGAAAAGCAUAGGAGAAUUCAUACUGGAGAGAAACCAUACAAAUGUAAGGUUUGUGACAAAGCUUUCGGGCGUGAUUCACACGUGGCGUGACGUACUAGAAUUCACACUGGAGAGAAACCUUACAAGUGUAAUGAAUGUGGUAAAGUUUUUAGUCAAAAAGCAAGCUUGCAUGGCAUCAUUGAAUUCAUACUGGAGAGAAACCUUACAAAUGUGAAGAAUGUGACAAAGUUUACCGUCUCAAUCAAGCCUCGAAAGACAGAAUUCAUACUGGAGAGAAAUCAUACAAAUGUAAGAGUUUGUGACAAGGCUUUCAGGAGUGAUUCACACCUGGCAGAACAUACUAGGAUUCACACUGGAGAGAAAACUUAAAAGUGUAAUGAGUGUGACAGAGCCUUUAAUGGGCAGUCAACACUUAUUCACCAUUAAGCAAUCCAUGGUAUAGGGAAACUUUACUAAUGUAAUGAUUGUCACAAAGUCUUCAGUAACGUUACAACCAUUGCAAAUCAUUGGAGAAUCCAUAAUGAAGUGAGAUGUUACUAGUGUGACAAAUGUGGGAAAUUUUUCAGACAUCGUUCAUACCUUGAGAGAAACCUUACAAAUGUCAUACUAGAGAGAAACCUUACAAAUGUCAUGAUUGUGGCAAGGUCUUCAGUCAAGCUUCAUUGUAUGCAAAACAUAGGAGAAUUCAUACAGGAAAGAAACCUCACAAGUGUGAUGAUUGUGGCAAAGCCUUUCCUUCACGUUCACAGCUCAUUACACAUCAGAGAAUCUAUACUGGAAAGAAAGCUUACAAAUACUGUAAGUGUAAAAUAUCUUCACUCUGAGGUCACUCCUUGAAGAACAUCAGAAAAUUCAUUCUUGAGAUAAUCGUUGCAAAUGCCAUGAGUAUAGCAAACCAUCACACGUUAAUUGAUAUUAGAGUCAAUUCAGUGUUGACUUCAGUUUGAGUUGACUUAACUUUGAGUUCAAGCAUUAAUUGAUAUUAAAGUGUUUAUGUUAAGAAGAUUGGACUGGGCAGGGUGGCUCACGCCUGUAAUCCCAGCACUUCGGGAGGCCAAGGCAGAUAGAUCACUUGAGGUCAGGAGUUUGAGAGCAGCCUGACUAGAAGACGUGAGUCAUUUUUUCCAGCCUGUUUUUUGUUUAACGAAAACUGAUAGGGAUUUUUAUGGGUGUUGUGUUGAAUCUGAAUCACACUGGUUUGUAUAAUUAUUAAACAAUAUUAAUACUUCUAAUCCAUCAAUAUGGGUCGUAUCAAUGUUUGUAGAUUUUUUGAUCAAUGUUUGUAGAUUUUAAUGUAAAAGCUUCUCACCUCCUUAA